CCUGGGGCCACCCCGCAGCGGAAAUGGCGGCGCGGAGCUGAGCCCGUCCCUUUCCGGUCUCUUACACCACCGCCGCCAUGCCCCUCGCCAAGGACCUGUUGCACCCGUCUCCCGAGGAGGAGAAGCGCAAGCACAAGAAGAAGCGGCUGGUGCAGAGCCCCAACUCCUACUUCAUGGACGUCAAGUGCCCCGGCUGUUACAAGAUCACCACCGUGUUCAGCCACGCCCAGACCGUGGUGCUCUGCGUGGGCUGCUCCACGGUGCUGUGCCAGCCCACGGGGGGCAAGGCCCGGCUCACCGAGGGCUGCUCAUUCCGACGGAAGCAGCACUGAGCGAGCCGGGAUGCCAUGGAGACAGACGGGAAUUCCGCCCAGUCCCUGUAGCCCCCUCCGCUUCCCACCAAUAAAUUUUGGAUAAAAUA